AUGAAUAGUAGCGCCGUUGCUCCGCCGUUCAACAGCGCCGGAUACAGCGGAGGCGUUUCCCCCGCGCCUAGCGGCGGCGGAUCGCCCCCGGCUGGCGGAGACCUUUCCCCUGCGCCCGCCAGCGCGGGCCGCCAUUCCACCUGGAACGGUAUGAGUUUUCCGCCGACCACGAGUGAAUGUGGGGCGCAAAGAACGCCCACCCCCGUGGGCUCACCUGUUCCCCCGUUUGUGCCCACUGUCGCGCCAGCUGCUGCCCCCUGCGCUGCCGCCCCUUUUACGCCAACUGUUGCCUCCGCUGCCGUGUCAUUUGUCGCUGCUAGCGGCUCACCUGCCCCUCUUCCCCCUCCUCCUCCUCCACCUGCUGCUGCUCCUGUUUUUGGCGGUGGUGGUGGUGCUGGUGGUGGUGUUAGUGGUGGUGCUGCUGCUUUACCGGCUUGGUCCUUCCCCGCGCCAGCAUCAUCUCCAGCAGCGACGGCAGAAGCAGCGCCAGCAGCAGCAGCAGAAGAAGGAACGACCACACCGGAAGCGCCAACGGCACCAGAAGCGGCUGCGGCGGCGGCGGCGGCGGCGGCGAAGGAUCCGCCGUGCGCGGCGUGCAAGUCGCUCCGGCGCAAGUGCACGCGCGAGUGCCUGCUGCUGCCGUACUUCCCGCGCAACCAGCCGGAGAAGUUUCACGUGGUGCACAAGGUGUUCGGCGCCAGCAACGUGUCGAAAAUGCUACAGGACAUCCCGGUUGCUCAGAGGGAGGAUGCAGUGGCCAGUCUGGAAUACGAGGCACAGGCGAGGCUGAGAGACCCGGUGUACGGCUGCGUGGGAGUCAUCUGCCUGCUGCAGAAAGAGAUGGUGGCCCUCCAGGAGCAGCUGAGAGACAUCGAGGCUUCUUCCCUCUCGUCUUCUCCCAACGCAACGCACGGCUCGGCCAUUUCUGGGGACGGGGCCAUGUAUGGGGUUGAAUCUUCUGCAGCUGCAGUGCCCAGCUCAGGAGCGGGAAGAGAAGAGGGAGACGAGUGUUGA